AUGCCGUAUCGGGGUUCUUUCUUCAUCGGCUUCGCUCUGUCUUCCGCAAUUUGGAUUAUCCUCGGAACAUUAAUCCUUCACCCGCCGAUUUUGAAAUUUCCUCCUAAAGGCACUGGGUCUAUUGACGGGAAUCUCUGCGCUUCGGAGACGCCUCCAAAAGGAAAAACUUGCAUUCUAAUCUUGGCCAGUUUACGGACAGGGUCGUCUUUCGUUGGCGAGCUCUUCGCUAAUAACCGAGAUGUGUUCUAUCUCUUCGAGCCUGGAAUGGACCUUGGAAAGCGUCUCAAUCACAUCAGAGGAGGAAAGCAACUUGUAGAGAACGUUCUCUUGAGAAUGAUUCAAGAUCUGUUCAGGUGUGAUUUCACCAACCUCCAUUUUUAUCUCCGGUGGCUCUCGAAGUUACCGGCUGAUAAACUUUUGAAAAUGGCGCCAAGAUUGUAUGAAUACUGCCAGGAGAAUUUGCUUCAAGGAACGUGCACCAUAACAGAGAAUGUUGCAAGGGUUGUGUGUCAGUCCAGCAGAUACAUUGCCAUCAAAACAAUACGCAUCCCGGAUAUGAGUCUGGUGCUUCCCAUCGCCGAGCGUAACGCACUCAAUCUGCGAGUGGUGCACUUGGUACGCGACCCACGUCCCAUGAUUGCGUCACGAUUCCUCGCCUUGACUCACAAGCGUUUAUCUUCGGCCUCCUUCGCCAACACAUCCCGAAUCCUCCCGAACAGAUCACGUGAGUUUCUAUCCAUCUACUGCAAGUACAACUGGCAGAACUUCGAGAUUGGAUCGCGUAACCCGACGCUAAAACAAAACUACAUUUUCGUACGGUAUGAAGACGCAGCUGUAGACCCAUUAACGACUCAGUGUACCAACGGUGGCGGCGCACUUUGCCCUUUUGCCUCGCCAAGGAGAUAG